AUGAGCGGAAACAACCUACUGUAUGUACCUGAUGGCAUAUUCAGUUCAAUGCCAAAUCUAAAACAUCUUGACCUGAGUAACAAUUCCCUGGUCACUCUCCAAGAUGGGGUUUUUGCCAAUCUCAGUAAUCUUCAGACUUUGGAUUUGAGGCACAAUUCUCUGAAGCAUCUGAAGAACACAACACUUUUUGAGUUCUCCAGCCAUCCAGGCCUAUCAGUUCUCCUCGGUGAUAAUAGUUGGGUCUGUGACUGCAACAUUGAACCUUUUUUUAGCUGGCUGAAAGAGACGACUGUAGUAAAGAACUCAUCCAUCUUGGUUUGUGUCUCUCCUGAGAAGAUGAGGGACACACCAGUGACCGCCCUCAAGAUUCCAGAGCUUGAGUGUCCCCCUUAUGUUACUGACACCAGCUUACAAACAUCCUAUGUGUUCCUGGGCAUAGUGCUAGCCCUUAUAGGAGUCAUCUUUUUUGUUGGUUUUAUAUUUGAACAGAAAAGGUAUUAA